AUGGUGCUACAAAAAGACCAGUUCGUUCUGGAGGAUUCUACAAGCGCCCAGCCUGAUUUCGACCUUAAAGCCUACCGAGCGAUUUCGGUCAACGGCUCCCUCUCCGAGGAGUCCAUGUUCAUACCGAUCAAAGAGUUGGCGCGGAUCGACGCCGACGUGUACCUCGUAUUCUUGUCGACCAACGCUGUGGUCUUCUCCCAACCAUCGGACGACCUGUGGUACCCCGCACACGAUCUCGGAGUCAAUAUCACCGACGCGAGCAUAGAAUCCAUGUCCUUGUACUUCGGCGACGAGCCAGCCUCCCCUCUGGGCUGCGUGAGGCAGUAUCAGUUCUGCAGCGGCGGCGCCGACGGUUCUCGUUGCACUCCGCUCUCGUCGCUCUUGGACGCGCACCGUGUCGCUUACACGCGGUGGGCGCAGGACGAACCGUACUGGGACACACUCCGUUGGAUGGCCAGUGCAGUGCGGGGCACCCAAGACCCGCUGUUUGGCUCCAUCGAGUCGUUGGGGUCGGCCGUGUUGGAAUCCAGCUCUCGCAAGGUAGCAGGGAUCAUGGGUCCGCUUUCGCGCGAUCAGUGGCAGCUUGACGUCGAGAAGUGGUACAAUAUAAGCUUGGCGAGCAUUCAGCAGAAUUUUGUCGAGAUAGCGGCUGGGCCGUCGGACGGCCGGUUGAGAGAUUGGGCCGUCAAGCCCGCUAAUGAUGGAGAAAAGCGGUUCUGUAACAAUCAGAAAGUGCGAAACACGGCAUAUACUAACUUUUCAGUCUUCGGCCUGGCGAUGCUGCUUGGAGUCGGAUUUCUCAUCAUCGUCAUCUCAUACACUCUCGAACCAUUCGCGAUUUGGAUCCAGCACCGCCGGAACCUCGACACUUACGCUCGUCUUGAGUGGACCAUGAACGACACAUUGCAGCUGCAACGUUUGGCCCACGAAGAGCUUGGGUUGGGUAACUGGCACCGCUGUGACACCGAUGUGCCCGUUACUGAAAGGCUGGAAAGGCUGGGGGUGAUGGAUCUGAGCGAGAGAACACAUCCAAGACUAAAGGCACCCCCGGUGUCGUUUGAGGAAACCGUCAACGAGAGUGAUGAGAAUGAAGAACAAAAAUGCAAGACUGAGGUUAAAGUGGGCGAUUCGCAGGAGGUACCGACGGGGGGAAAUUUUGUUUGA